AUGUCGUGGUGGGCAAUGAGCGGGAUGACAGAACAAAGAACCUUCGACCGCUAUUUAGUCGCCUCCAACAACCUCUGGGGUAGUAGCACUGUUGGAGUAGCGCCAGAUGUGGCUGUACCUGUGGCUCAACAAUGCCCCUCUACUAUCGAUAAGAUAACUUUUCCCGUUCUGGACAACCAUUCCAUUGGAACGCCGUUGCCGACCGCCAGAUUUUUUCCUGGCAGAAAAAAAGUAGGCUUGGAAGAGUAUCAGGCGACAUUGAGCAAGGCAGCCUUUCUUGUCUCAGGCAUUGUUCCCUCAUAA